CAGAGCUGCUUCUAUUUACUGCUUCAGCUGAGAUAUGGCUACCAUCAUCCAUGUGCCAUCUGAAGACCAGUUUCUCUGCUCCAUCUGUCUGGAUGUGUUCACUGAUCCGGUCACCACAUCAUGUGGACACAACUUCUGCAAAAAGUGCAUCACCGCGCACUGGGAUAACAGCGACCAGUACCUGUGUCCCAUGUGUAAGAUGGUUUUUAACCCACGACCUGAGCUACACGUCAACACUUUUAUCUCAGAGAUGGUGGAGCAGUUCAGACAGAACAGUCGACAGGAAGUGAACAGCAGCAGCUCAGAGCUACGAGCUGCCAAAGCAGGAGAAGUUCCCUGUGACGUCUGCACUGCCUCCAAACUGAAGGCGCUGAAGUCCUGCCUGGUGUGUCUGACCUCCUACUGUGACGCUCAUCUACAGCCUCAUCUGACCGUUUCAGGCCUGAGCCGACAUCAGCUGAUCGACCCGGUGGAGAACCUGGAGGACAGGAUGUGUAGGGAACACAACAAAGCUCUGGAGCUGCUCUAUAAAAGCGACCGCACAUGUGUCUGCAUGAUCUGCACAGUUUUAGACCACAAGAACCACAACAUAGUUCCUCUGAAGGAAGAAUAUGAAAGAGUGAGGGCAGAGCUGAGGAGGACGGGGGCUGAACUCAUGCAAAUGAUCCAGGAGAGAUGACUGAAGAUCCAGGAGAUCCAACGGUCAGUGGAGCUCAGUAAGAAAACUGCAGACAGAGAGACAGCAGAAGGUGUUGAGGUCUACACUGCUCUGAUGGAGUCUGUUCAGAGAAGUCUGAACCAGUUCAAAGAGAAGAUCCAAGAAAAGCAGAGAACCACCGAGAAACAGGCUGAAGACGUCAUCAAAGAGCUGGAACAGGAAAUCUGUGAGCUGGAGAAGAGAAGCACUGAGGUGGAGCAGCUCUCAGGUUCUGAAGACCAGCUCCACUUGGUCCAAACGUCCACAUCUGUUGAAUCUGCUCCGCCCAUGAAGACCUGGGGAAAGGUCAGCGUCCGUCCACCGGCAUACGAGGACACUGUGGUGGAAGCCGUGACUCAGCUGGAGGACGAACUCAGAAAAGUGAUGAUGUCGGUGAAAGGUGAGAUAAGGAGGGUCCAGCGGUUCGAGGUGGACGUGACUCUGGAUCCAGAUACAGCUCAUCCUAGACUCGUCCUGUCUGACGAUGGGAAACAGGUUCAUGACGGUGGAUGUUGGAGGAAGCUUCCAGACAAUCCACAGAGGUUUUCUCAUUCACCCUCUGUUUUAGGAAAGCAGAGUUUCUCUUCAGGCAGAUUUUAUUUUGAGGUUCAGGUCAAAGGGGUGACUCACUGGACUUUAGGAGUGGUCAAGGAGUCCAUAAACAGGAAGCAACGUGUCACACUCAGACCUGAGAGCAGUAACUGGACCAUGGGUUUGAGAAAUGGAGAUCACUACUAUGGUUAUGGUAGUCCUCCUGUCUGUCUGCAGCUGAAGUCUAGUCCUCAGAAGGUGGGAGUGUUUGUGGAUUAUGAGGAGGGUCUGGUCUCAUUUUACGACGUAGAUACUGCAGAGCUCACCUAUUCCAUGACUGGCUGCUGCUUCGAGGAGAAACUCCGCCCUUAUUUCAGUCUCAGUGGAAUGACUGUGCUCCUGUGAUCAUCACUCCUGUCAGAAAAACACUGUGUUAUUCUUAAAAGGUCCCAGUUGUCUUUGGACGCUCCUUUUAUAACACAGUUCGGACUGGAAAAUGGAAUG